GCUAUAUUAUGGCAAUGGACAACUCUCACGCUUGCUUCCUCUCGUCUUCACAGGCUGACCAACUGACUGAGGAGCAGAUUGCUGGUGAGUACUAACCCUGAAAGGUGAGGUUCUGUCCAAUCAAAGCUCUUCAAUCUAAUCCCAGUUAGUAGAAGUGACGGAGUUCAUGUCGGUUGGCAGAUAAUGUGGGUGCUUAGACUCAUGGCUCCUCAUGGUAGUGACCAACAUUUAGGCUACUCUGCCUGUUAGUUUGUACAACUGCUGCUAAUCUUGUACUAGCCAUUCUUAGUAUUUGUAAGAGUUUUCUUCAUCUGCACAGAUCUAAACAAUUGGGUGAAAUCAAUAUGUUGAACGCAUCCUGGAAAUUUGCCCUUACCUGUCCAGUUCUCUCACAUCAGUGCAGAUGAAGGAAAGGAGACAAGGAUAGGAAGACCAUUUAGACUAUUGACAUACCCAAUAUAGGCAUUUCCACGAAUCCCACACUGUUCCCUGUUUGCGUAAUCAGAGUUCAAGGAGGCGUUCUCACUGUUCGACAAGGACGGCGAUGGCACCAUCACCACCAAGGAGCUGGGCACUGUCAUGCGCUCUCUGGGACAGAACCCUACUGAGGCAGAACUACAGGACAUGAUCAACGAGGUAGACGCUGAUGGUAAGAUUAGAGAGAUGUGUACAAUGACACACACACACACUGACGUACUCAUUCACACGUGCUGACACGCACGCACGCGUAUGGUCAGAACGCAACAAGGCUGACCCUUGUACAUGAUUCACAUGGUGGAUGAAUGGUGACACACAAACACUGCAUAAUUACUGGCCCAAUGCUCUUAACCGCUAGGCUACCUGCCACCUCACCUGGAUGGCACCAUGGCUCUGGUUUCAAGGUGGAUCACAUUUCAAAUAUAAGGUUUCCACCCACAACAGAGGCUCACCCGUAGAGUUGGAGGACCCUAGAUGGAUAAAACCUGUUUUUGUCAUGGACAUAGAGCUCGCCAGGUUGUAGUCCUCAAACCGGAAAUGAGUUACCUUUGGUUCGUUCAGCCAUUCGUAUGGGGGAAAUUAAUGUGGUUUUGCCGAUAAUAAGGGCUGAGGUUAACACGGGCUUAGGAGAUCUUAUGCGUUUUGUUCUAUAAGAUAAUAUCAGUCAGUUUACAUGACCAUUUAUAAAUUAUGAAGCCUGUGUGUGCUUGUUUUGAUUUCAUAAAUGCGUCAAAAUUCACAGAAAGUGACAUUAGCUGAUGAAGAUUAUCUCAUGGAACAAAACAUGUAUGAUCUCCUAAGCCUGUGUUUACCACAUACCUUAUUUAUGGUGUUUAUCCAGAAACCCUCCAAAACACCCAUUAAUUUCCCCAUAGGCUUUGGCCAAUGAGCCAUGGCGGAGUUAGUGCCUACAAAAAGACGCCAUUUCAAUUGCUCUCUCUUGCCAUUGAGGGCUUCCACCAUUUUAAAGUAGUCAACUGGGUGGGACUUCCUAUGGGUUAAGGAAGGAUCACAUGAUUCCAUCCGGGUCAUCAGCAGGGAUCAGCCAAUUAAUUAUACUCGUGAGCAAACAUUCCAUAACUGUAGGUGGCAGUAAAUCGCCAAUCAUGGCUUUAUAUCUGUUCAAACAACACAAUAGGUGGUAGUUUGCACCCUUUCAGUUUGUUUGCCAACAAGAAUAAUAAUAAUAAUGGACUACUUAAAAAUGGAAAUUGCCACAGUGGUGCUGCCCAUGCACUCAGAUGCAAAGAUGAUAUCUCUCUCUCUUUGGGCUCAUUCCAAAAUGUACCAACAACAUUUGAACACUGCUCAUUCUGAAAUAAGUCUUUGUGUGUGCGCGCACAAACGUAAAAUAAAGACGGUGCUGUUUGUCCUUAGGUAACGGGACGAUCGAUUUCCCAGAGUUCCUGACAAUGAUGGCAAGGAAGAUGAAGGACACAGACAGCGAGGAGGAGAUCAGAGAAGCCUUCAGAGUCUUUGAUAAGGUACGCACACUCAACACCAUCUCCUUUGAUUGUUGUACUCAGUCAAUUGGAAAUGUGCUUAUUGUUUUGAGACAUGAGCCAUUUAUGUGCUUAAGAGUUGUGAAAAUGUACCACAUACUUGUGAAAAUUGCACCAAAGUGAUAGAAAAAAAACCCCAACACUUCAUGUUCUAAGAAUGUGAUGUUGAAAGUGUGAUGGACUACGGCGCCACUGCUAGUGUGCGUGUCUCUGCAAUCCUGAUGUUGUGUAAUCCAGUGUUUGUCAUCAUGGAUAUGUCUAAACUGUGUUGCUGAGAGGAGGGCUUUGUUUGUUGACAGGCAGUGGAGUAUUACAUUACCCGCAGGCAGGAUAGGGGCUUAUUGCAGUGCAGAAAUCUAGGUCACAAGAUAACAGGGAGAGCUCAUUGGCUGGGCUUAUAUUGCCUAUUGCUUCAUGCAGCCUGGAACAGAGCCAUGUGAUUUAGGGAAUGUGUGUGCACGUAAAUUGUGUGUAUUGCUGUUGUUUGUUUGCAGCCUCUUUGACGGAUCGUUGUGAGUGGUGUGAUUUGUGUAAGUUUGUUUCUGUGGGACGUUUGUGCAACUGUCCUGAAGAAGCCUGGUUACUGCUACGGUGCCAGUCUGCUAUGAUGCCAGUCUGUGUCAGCAUUCCCCAGCUCUGUUUAUUGGCGAGCUAGAGCCAGAGAUAACGCCAGGCUGGGGCUGGGUGAGCAGACGGACCAGAGCCAUGCAUAUCUCUGGCUGUCACAUAGAUGGGGCAGCCAGGGACCAUGUUCAUGUGCCAGCAGACCAGAUAUGCCCGGGCUGUAAUCAGGAGAGGGAGAUGUCACUGAUCGUUCAGAUAGAAAACUCUUGUUUAGACCUGAUCUCAUUCUGACCGGUUAAAGUACUGUAUGUAGAACCUUCUCUCUUUACAUAUUGAAUGAGCCUGUUCUCCCUGUAGGAUGGGAACGGCUACAUCAGCGCGGCAGAGCUGCGGCACGUCAUGACCAACCUCGGGGAGAAGCUCACAGACGAGGAGGUGGACGAGAUGAUCCGCGAGGCCGACAUUGACGGAGACGGACAGGUCAACUAUGAGGGUGAGCUCAACGUCCUUCCGCUCUCCCACACGUGUGUUUGCAGAUAUAAAGGAAACGGAUAGGUGGAAUCAAAAUGGUGGAAGCUCCCCUUAGUAAGCCCAUUGCGAGGCAAGGUGGAGCUAUCACCGUAUUUCUUAGACUUCCCUGGUACCUUCCGAUCUGCAAAAAUCAGAGGUGUAAGUAAGGGCUAAGGAUUCUCUUAAAACCGGGCAUUCUUCUCUCUCCUCCUCGUCCUCCUUUUUCCCUCCCUCUUCCUGCUUCUCCUCUCAUAUCUACUGUGAGUUUACUGAAGUCAGUGUCUUUCCACCGUUGCCCAUGUCAGUUAUGCCAGGACAAGGCCUGUAUUUACACUGUGAAGCGAUGCUUCAGGCUUUCCUCUAGUCCUUGGUGAGAGACAAACUGGUUUUGUGUGCCUUACUUCUCUUUGCUUUGAUGCUAAAAGGAAAGGCCAUAAAAGGACUGGGUUUAUACAUGACAUAGUCACUCACAGCUUAAUUCAUCACUGUUCAUUGAAUUUAAAAUAGUAUUGAAGAUAUUGAUUCCUCAUGUUACUCUGUUCCAAUCUUAUUAGUAUGCCUUGUGAUGUUAUCAUUGUUAACAGAAUGCUCUUUAUUCUUGUGGAUUUCUUCUAAUUUCUUUCUCCCUGUUUUGUUCUUCCUUGCAGAGUUUGUGCAGAUGAUGACAGC